GAAACAAACGGUUAAAUUAAUCAAAUGGUAUAACACAAUAGUCCAUAAAAUAGACAUUGAUAAACCUGGAAUACUUGAAAAAUUAUUUUCCAAAGAGCUUAUUAGUCAACAGAUUAAGUUAGUACUAACAUCAGAGAACGCAACCUCACAAGAGAAAAGCAGAAGCCUUUUAGAAGAAAUUAUUAGAAAUAAUAUGUCAUCUUCCUAUACUGCCUUUCUUGAAUUUCUGAAAGAAGAUAUCUGUUAUACGGAAUAUGCUACCAAAAUAGACAAAACAUAUAUCACCGACUUUGACCUCGAAUUACUGUGGAUUGGAAAGAUGAUGAAAAACGAAAGAAAAAGAAGAAAUGGAAUGACGGAUUUCAUGAUUGAUAGAAUAGAUAAAUGGAAGAAGGAUGACAGUUUUUAUAUUGAAACAAGAGCGACAAAUCAUGUGUUUUCCUGUGUCAGCAAAUACAAAUGUGUAAGUGUGACAGGACCAUCUGGUAUUGGGAAAACUGCACUUGUCAGACAUGUAGCUCUCCGAAUGGAAAGAAAUGGCUACACAAUCUUUACUGUGACAGAUGCAAGAGAAAUAAAAGAUCAAUAUAAAUCCGACAGAAAAACGUUGUAUAUUGUCGACGAUAUGUGUGGAAAUUUUACAGCAAACCAAAGUCGGAUAGAAGAAUGGAAGAAAUCAAACAAUGAUGUACAGAGUAUCUUAGAAAACAGUAAAUAUAAGUUGAUAUUAACAUGCAGACUACAAGUUUUUCAAGAUAAGGGGUUUGAUAAUUUAGAGAUUUUCAAAACAUGUGAAUGUAACUUAGGCUCUGAAAAAUUGUCUUUAACGUCUUAUGAAAAGGAAAAAAUGACGAUAAUGUAUUUUAAAGAAAAUGCACUCGAAGCAUUAGAGCACCUAGGUGAAUAUGAGUUCCUUCCAUUUUUAUGUAAAUUAUAUGAAAUUGAAAAAACAAAUCCACUCUUCACAUUAGAUAUGUUUUUAAAUGACCCAUUUUCAUUUUACAAAAAAGACCUUACAUACAUGUAUAACGAUUGUAUAGAAGGCCAGUCUUGA